ACGAUAUUGUGACCUAUCACACCCUUACAAUGAAACCCAGCAGAAAUUUUGUGGCUUAAAAAGUCUGCUGCCUCGCCUGAUCCAGGCUAUUCAUACGUUGCGCAGGUCUAAUGACAAGUGGACAAAGACAUCUUCGACGUGGAGCAUUAGAAAACGAAGAUGCAGCUACAUUGAGUCUUGGCGAAGAAUUCAUAAACUCGCAAUGUCUAUACAUUUCUGAAGUACGAAUCUUGUUAGAAGCACAACAGGACUCCAAAGAAACGGGUACUGAAAAUCGACCUACUACAAGUAUCACUACGAAAACGCUGGAUUACGUACGCACAUUCAGUCGAUUCACGAACCGAGACUCCGUCCGCGAAAUUAGACAGCUCUUGGGUAAAGAUGACUUGGCUCAAUUUGAAGUAGCCCAGCUUGCCAAUCUGUGCUGUGAGGAUGCUGAAGAAGCAAAAGCGCUCGUGCCGAGGUAAAAUCGUUAUGUAUACAUUCCACCCUGCGCGUAUAUAUCCAUGUGUGUGUGAGAUAUAUAUAUGUAGUGUGAGAGAGAGAGAGAGGGAUGUCAUCAUGGAGUGUUCAUACCAGACUAAAAGCACACUCUGUAUUUCAGUCUUGCACACAAGAUCGACGAUGAAAAGGUUCAGGAGCUCCUGAAUGAGAUGUUGACGAUCAAAAAGUUCCAGGGCUAGACUGUUUGCAUUCUUUCUCACCACCAACUACACAUCCUAACAAUACACACCCACACACACUCACACACACACACACACACACAUCACAGUAAACAAAACGGACAAAAAAAAACGAGAAAAACAUUACGUUUGAUGGCUUUAGUCUAUCUCAAAUUCUCCUUUCUAUAAUUUUAAAAAAAUGAGAACGUACUACUCCAGUUUGUUUCUAUCAAUUUGAAAUAAAGUGCAUUUAUAUUAUUACCAUAAAAAAAGAG